ACUACAUUUCCCACGAUGCAGUGCGAGCAGUGGAGAGUUCAGGGGUCAGAGUGAAGGAAUGCGCGUGUUGGUGCUGCUGUGCUAGCGUAGCGGAAAUAGAAACAUGCAGCAAAGUUUUUCACGCCACCGUUUUUAAUUUACCACCAUCACAAACAUGACCUCAAAUAAUACAGACGCAGCGCAAGACAAGCUGAUCAAUUUAAUAUAUCACCAUUUAAAGGACAACGGCUACAAGAAAGCAGCCAAAGUGCUGAGAAAACACGCGCCUCAGGUGGAAACUGAGAAAGUGAAAGUGUCUUUGAGUGAGAUCUUUCAGAAGUGGGCAAGCUCAGAUGAUGGAGUUAUUCCACCGGUGCCUUCUGGUGUUCAGCCUCCUGCAAAGAGACAGAGACAAAGAGGCCCUUCAGCUGGAACCAAGUCUAGAAUCACAGCUCUCUCUGCUGGAUCAGCGAGCAAAUCAGUGAAACCGAAGAAAAAGGAAAAGAAGUCCAGCUCUGAAGAUGUUGGGGUGCUUCCGUCAGUCGCUGCUGCUCCGGGGAAUGAUUCCGACUCUGACUCCAGUUUAGAUGUGGAGAAGUGGAGGAAAAUGCUUUCUCAAUUAUCAGAUGCCGACCAAGAGAAAAUGGACGUUCUCUCAGUGUUGGAUGAAUCUUUAGUCUUUGGGAAGCCCGCAGCAAAGAGAAAGAGGACAAGGAAGCCGACAACAUCAAAAAAAGAGGAAAACCAAGCCAAGGGAAAGUCCGCUACACCAACAAAGAAAGCGACCGAUGCAUCUAAGAGUCGUUCAAAAAAGCCGAAAGGCAAAGAUGCUGUAGUUCCUGAAGUCAAGACACCACCAAAAAAGACUAAAAAUAAGAAAAAUAGUAACAUUUCAGGUCUUGAUGUGAAUGAGACCUCAAAAAGUACUAAAGCUAAAACUGCCAGCAGCUCAUUUGAUCAGGGUGAGACCGAUAAACCUGAAGCACAUCAUGAAAGUAAUGGACUGUUGGAAACUGGCACUCCAUCUUCAAGGACUAAAGAGACUGGUGUAUCAGAUUCAGAAGUCAUUAGGACUCCUAAAAGAGUUCAUUUUGAAACACACAAUAGUUUUUCAGAGCAGGUUGAGACUCUUAAUGCUUGGAAAGAUAAUGGUACCUCAGAAACCAGCAGCACUCAUACUCCAUCUAAAAAGGCCAAAAAAAAGAAAGGCCAUUCUGAAGCUAGUGAUGUUGAAACUGACAACUGUCCCUCGAAUAAUAUUCAAGAAGUUAUAGAAACCAACCUUACGACGGACCAUUCGAAGAAAGUGAAAAACAAGAAGUCUAAAAGUGUCGUGGAGCCUGUUCUCAAUGAGACGCCUUCUAAGAAGGUUAAAGCCAAGAAAACAGAAGGUCCUUCUGAGAUUGACCAAGAAACAUCUGAGAAAGCUCCAGAAUCCGUUAAUCCAGAGUCUUCACCUAAAAAAGCCAAACGUAAGGCCAAUGAAAGCCUUUCGGAAACAGUCGAGUCUGAAACGCCAUCUAAAAAAUCUAAAGCCGUGAAAGAGCCUGGUGAGGUGGAAACACCCAAUAAGAAGCCGGAUGCUGAUCUCCUGCAGUCCGACUCUACAAACAGCACUCCGAAAAAAGGAAAAAGCAAAGUGGCUGCUGAUGGCGUGGAGAUCCAGCAUGACGUUCCUUCAGAAACGCCUGAGAAAACCGAUCAAUCUCAAGCACAGACUCAGAAUGAUGUUGGAGAUGGUUUGGGAAAUGAGGAAACCUCCAGUCAAGAGUUAAAAACUCAGUCUAAAAAAAGAAAAAAACACAAAAGGGAAGAAGCUUGUGACGUCCCAGCCACUCCAGAGGUCAAGAAAGACAAAGUGAAGAACAAAGACAAGGAGGGAGAAAAUGGAGAAGAUGCUCUUCAACCUGAACCUCCACCACCAGAAGAAGAAGAAGCAUCUGAUGCAGUGAAACAUAAGAAAAAAAAGAAGAAGAAAGAGAAGGAGAGAGAAGAAAAAAUUGAGGAAACAGUUCCUGAGGAUCCUCCUGAGGUGGAAGUGCACAAAAAGAAGAAGAAGUCUUCCAAAGAGAAACAGCUCAGUAGUGAUGAAGCUCAUGGACUCAAUAGCACAUAAUGUUCAAGACAUCAGCUCUCAAUCUCCCCGAGGACGAAUGGCUGAAAUAAUGACUCAAUCUCAAUGCAUGCUCCGUCCCUACUGUAUGGAUCAUGUGUGUUUAUAUGUAUGUAAGUCAAUGUUUGUUUUAUAUUUCUAUGGAGAAGUGGAUUUUGAGAAAUAUUUAGUUUUUUUUUUUUUUUUUUUUUUGUCUUUUCUAUUUUUGAUAACUGACUUAGAUAAGAAUAAUUUUAUGCCGUUUGUAAACUUUUUUUAAAAGAACAAAUCAUGAGAGCCAAGAAAGAACUAAUCAUACGGUUUUAUUUUCAUUUUGGUCAUCUGAUAAGUUUUCAUCAUCAUUUUUAUUUUAUUUUUUUAGAUUGUAAAAGUAAGAAGUACAAUUGUUUAAGAUCAACCUCUUAAUUCUAUAAAUGUGACAUCUGUGUUCAAAUGUGUGAAAAAAUGUAUUUGUCUUUUUUUUGUGAUUCAAAAUACACAGAUGGUUUUAUUUAUAUUUGUCUCUCACCUCAUUCUUCACACAGAAAUGAACUGCAGUUUUACAUAUGUUGUCAUAUUUCCUAUUUAAAAACAGGAAGUUUGGGUGGGACAUAUUGAAUGUUUUUUUUAAUAGCUAAGAGAGAAAUCUGUGACAAGAUACAUUUAAUAAAGUAAUUUUCAAAUGUGUAUAUCUGCUAAAGGUUAAUUACAUAACUAUUAUUAUUUAAUAUGCAUAAUCCUCAAACCUCACAUUUUAAAUUAAGAGUUUGAGGCAAAAUCAUGUUUUUUUCAUGCACUGGUCAAUUUUGAGAUGUUGAGCUUUCCUUCUAUACCAUGACUUCUUUCAGACUCAGGAAUAAAACAUCUAAAAUACACA